AUGCGUCUCAUCAAUGUCCGGACUAUGCAAUUGGAGGAAUUCCACAGCGGCCAGGCUCCAAAGUAUGCUAUUCUAUCGCAUCGAUGGGAACUUGAGGAAGUCAGCUUCCAGGAUAUGACUGAUCCUCAGAUAUUCGGCAAAAAAGGAUACGGAAAGAUUCAAUCGGCUGCUUGGCUGGCGAAAAACAAAGGUCUCUCGUAUCUCUGGGUCGACACCUGUUGCAUCGACAAAAACAGUUCGUCCGAGUUAACGGAGGCCAUCAACUCCAUGUAUAGGUGGUACCAGGAGGCUGAGAUCUGUUUUGCUUUCCUCACGGAUGUCGAAAUCCACAAGCAUGAAAUCUCAACCAGCGUAUGGUUCACAAGAGGCUGGACUCUUCAAGAGUUGAUAGCCCCCAGAAACGUUGCAUUCCACGACAAAAACUGGGUGUUUCUUGGGACAAAGGAGCAACUCGCGACCUAUCUUGCUCAGGCAACUGGCAUCUCGUUGGAUGUCCUCGUCGGCAAGAGCAAUCCUUCAAGCUGUUCUGUGGCACAACGGAUGUCCUGGGCUGCGAAGCGGAAAACAGAACGCAUCGAGGACCGGGCGUACAGCUUGCUAGGUAUUUUCGACGUUAGCAUGCCUAUGCUGUACGGCGAGGGUGAACGGUCCUUCACCCGAUUACAGGAAGAGAUCAUCAAGCAUUCAGAUGAUCAUUCGAUAUUCGCCUGGGAUCGAGGUCACAAGGGGUUUUUUGGAGGCUAUAGCGGGCUUUUAGCAACGUCACCAUCGCAGUUCGUCAUGUGUCAGAGCGUUGUACGGUCAUCAAGGGAGCUCGUCAGUACUGGCGGAUUUUCCAUUACGAAUGUCGGUCUCUCUAUCCAAUUACUGACUGUCCCCUGGGGCAUGGAAACCUAUCUUUCAAUCCUGAAUUGCAAUAUCAAAGACCGCCACCACGAAAGGCUGGGGAUAUUCCUUGAACGACUGUAUUCUUCCCAUCAUGAACCACAAUUUGCCCGAGUCCAGUAUGCUGGAGCCACAGUACAGCCAGUGUUGCUCGAGCAGGUUAUGAAAGACAGCCAGCGUCGAAUCCGCCAUGUACACGUGCGGCAAACAAUCAUUGAUCCGCCCCUCCGCCGGUGGCACGGGUUCCGUCUGCACGAGCUGAAGCUACCAGAUUACAAUGCGCAGGAGCUCGUGCAGGCCGAGUUUCGCUUCAGGUCUACCUUGCGGCAUAGACUUCGAUACGAACCCGAAGAAAUACAGUACGCGCAAGCGUACCUCCCAAAUGGUGUUCAGGGCCUACCUCCACGACCUAUCUUCUUUCCGAUGCCGAGCGGGCGAGGCACUGCCGUGGUCAUCUACCUUGAGCCCUCAAAGAAAGACAAGCACGGUGAGAGGGUGUGCUGGAUGAAAUUCGGCUUCGACGAGGACUUUUGUCCGAUGUGCAUCAUGGGCCGCCGUCGGUCGCUGUGGGGUGGCAACAGCGCACACCUGGCCGUUACCCCUCAGUCAUUCGAUGACGCAGAACAUACGCCCGGCGAACACGCCCUCUUGUUCAGGAACGACUGGAUCAUCAAGAACGCCGGGGACGUCCACAUCAAGGACAUGGCAGCGUUGUGGCAGUCUCGGGACUUUUGCAUCCUGCGUGGACACAGAGAUCGAGGGCUAGAUGUGAAGAUUCCCUUUCUUCGAAUGCAUGUUUCGGUUCGACUGGAGCCUGUCCCCGAGGGCUAUGCGCCGUACAACAAGCCAGACUCGCUUCUGGCGGGAAUGCAAGUCUGGACCAUCAAUGUCAAUUCCUGGCAGGAUAUGACGGGCAACGGGCGGGUGAAGACGGCAAUGGGUGCUGGGGAGCUGCUUGUCCGGUCUCUGGAUGAUAUAUUUGGCUAG